AUGGACUUCCAGCAUCGUGUGGGCCACAAGACGGGUUCGGGUGGGCCGGCUACGGCGCAAGAGAUAGCGUUGGAUCGGAAAGAGCGAUUGCGGCGGUUGGCUUUAGAGACGGUAGACUUAUCAAAGGACCCAUACUUACAUCGGAAUCAUGUGGGCAAAAUUGAGUGCCGAUUAUGUCUGACUCUCCACUUGAAUGAAGCCAGUUACCUGACUCAUACCCAAGGCCGCAAGCACCAAACCAACCUGGCCCGACGAGCGGCAAAGGAACAAGCAAAUGCCGGCGGAGGGGCCUCAGUCGUACCCAUGCCCCCUAUGGCCGCACCCGUACCACAAAUGCCCACCAUUGGCCGCCCCGGCUACCGAGUUACCAAACUCAGAGACCCUAGUACUAAACAAUAUGGACUUCGCUUUGAAAUCCACUUCAAGGACUCCAGCUCUAAACCUAGACACAGAUUCAUGUCCACGUGGGAACAAAAGGUGGAACCAACCGACUCCAACUUCCAGUACGUUGUGUUCGCAGCGCAACCGUAUGAUACCAUAGCAUUCCGGAUCCCGACGAAGGAUAUUGAAAAGAACGAAGAAAAAUAUUUAGUCCACUGGGACCCCGACAGCCGGCUUUACCUGGUCCAAUUUCUGCUACGAGACCGA